AUGCCUUCAUUAGCACCCAAAACGUUUUCCACGCCUACGAAGAAAGGAUUCUCGUAUGUGUUGGGCCACUCUUCUCAUAACGAAAACCAUAUUCUUCCCAUCAAUGCCACACAAUACUCCCUGGCUUCCCAGCAGUUGUACACAGCCGGCCGAGAUGGCACUAUCAAGGUAUGGAGUCACCAAGAACACUUAAACCCGUUUUCAGACGGGAUAAGUCAACAAAACAACGAGCAGAGUGAUAUCGCUGGUGUUGAGUUCUAUGAACCAGCCAGUAACGGCGAGGAGUAUCCAGAUAUCGAUGAGAAGAUCUUGAAGUUGGAAACUUCUAUAUCGUCCAAUCCAUUGCCCUAUAGCUACAGCAGGCAGCGCAAUCGAAAUAGUCAUGUAGAAAGUGUAUCCGAAUAUUCGAUAGUGCGCAACCAUAAUAUCCAUUUCGAUUGGAUCAAUGAUAUGAAGUUGAUCAACAACGACCGGGAUUUGGUUUCAUGCUCAUCUGAUCUCUCGAUCAAGUUGUUGAACCUCAAUGUUGAUGAUAACUCGAUAACGACGACUACAAACAACUUCAAUACAAAUAAUAGCGAGGUCCAUCGCUUCCCCAACAUGCAUACAGACUACAUCAAGAAACUCUCUUACAACAAAAAUACCAACCACUUGUUCAGUGGAGGGCUUGAUGGUGACAUUAUUGCCUGGGACUUGUUGACGCUCAAGCCUUUUCUUCUGGUGCCUAAUCGGUCUUCGUCUAUGGAACCAACGGCUUCCAUAUACUCUCUAGCCAAUAGUGAGAACUUGAUCUCUACUGGUGGACCCAAUAACACCAUAAAUAUAUAUGAUCGAAGAAGCCAGAACCCGUUCAUAAGAAAGUUGAUCGGACAUCAGGACAAUAUCCGAUGUUUGCUAAUGAACGAGCGGUUCAUUUUGAGUGGCUCCUCUGACACUUCCAUCAAGCUCUGGGACUUGCGGAAUUUCAAAGUUUACAAAAACUUUGAUAUCCAUGACUACCCUGUAUGGUCUUUGUCAAGCGAAGACAACAACUUUGCUAAGUUCUAUUCUGGGGACAAGGGAGGAAACAUCAUAAAGACAGACUUAUCUUUUCUUUCUCACUCUGUUCCUGAAGAGGACCAGUUUCACGGCUUUGAGACGUUUAAUUCAAACGAUAAUCUUGUUAUAGACGAGAAGUUAGGUAUAUCGACCAUCGUUGCCAAAGAUUCAUCUCCAAUCUUAUCUUUAUGUUGGGAAUCUAACGAGGAUACGUUGUUUGCUUCGAACUAUGAGUCUUUGAAUCGGUUCUACAACCCAGAUACAAACCAAUUAUCCAAGUAUCAGUAUUUGAGGACUUGUUUAGACUAUUCCAUCAACAAGGAAAAUCAGCUCAAUGACGACCUAGCUUCAGGUCUAGCUCCCGAAGACGCCACUGUUCCAGGACAGAACGAUCAAACAGAUUUGAAUUCCGACUUUUACGACCUCAUAUCUCAUCUCUCUAUGGAUACCAAUGUCAACACUUUUGAUAUUCAAUCGACUUUUUCAGCACAUCAACAUGCUAUGUUUGAUGAUAAAUCAGCAGAAAACGACGACGAGGGAGAAUACAACUCGAUGUUCUUGAACGUGAAUGGUGGUCCAUCACAAGAGUUUAUCAAUGCAUUCAAAGACGAGUACGAAUCUCAGGAAGCAAAUCCUCUUUAUCAAGAGCCCAUUAAACCUGUAGAAAAUCUGCAAAGCAAAUUUAUAGACAACACUCCAGUUGAGAUCUUGUUGAAUCCGAUUCCUGCAGAUCAGAUAACGUUGAUUCCAUUUAACAGACAGCCCAUUAGUGAUUACAAGAUAUCUGCUAAAAGUAUCAUUUCUAAGAGAUCGUUUAAUAACAAGCUUCAGCUCUUGGUUUUGUACCUCAAUGGUGAUAUCAAGAUAUGGGACAUUAUCUUGUGCAAGGAGCUUCAAACAUUCACAUACGACAAAUCCAAGUUGUCGAUGGUUAACAGCAAAGAUUUGGACCAACGACUCAAAGAAAUGGAUGCUAUCUUCCGGAAAUUUCAGACUUCUGAUACUUUGAACAAUUGGUGUGAAGUUGAAAUUCGAGCUGGUAAGCUAUUGGUUACUGUGAAAGAAUCUUCGUACAUGAAUGUAGAAGUUUACUACGACGAUUUGAUCAAGAAUUACCCAUUCUUAGAUAUUGACCACCCAGAGAACAGCAUGUUACCUAGAAAUAGAAUCAAGGUGACAGACGAUGAUCGGUUCCAUAUUGGUGCCGUAUUACUUAAUUCAAUUUUCCGCAACUACGCUUUGUAUGAAUGGGAGUUUGAUUGCAAAGUGAGAGAAGAAAUGAGAUCUUUGCGGAAAAGUAAUAGAACAUUGAGUAAUACUCCCCAGGAGGACGACAGCGAUAGUAAUUCUAUCUCAAGUAGUAUUAGGAAACUCAAGAAGUUUAGCAAAAAGUCCUCAAGGACUAAUUUGACUAAUUUGGCUCAACUGAGUGGUAGCCCAGCUAGUUCAGCACAGAACAGUGUUCGUGAAAUGAGCAUUCUGGAAACUCCUUUAACUGAGUUCUUGAACUUCAGCGACGAUUCUCCUGCUGCUGUUUCGUCUUCUUCAAACGUCAACUACGAUAACUCAAUCAUGAAAUUGUUACAAACUAAUAAGAGAAUCUACUGGGAUAAAUACAAUAAUUCUUCAUAUAUUGUCGGUAAAGGAAAGUCGGUUCCGUCCAUUUUGCAUGUGGAUUCUAUCCAUCCUUCAUUGGACGAGAACCAGACCCCUGAUAUACCAUACAUGCCUAUUGUUAACAACAAGAGGUUGCCACAAGAUUUGUUGAUUAUCAUCUUCGAGUAUUCUCCAGAUCUUGGUAACUAUCGUGAUGUGUGUAGCUUCACAUUGGAAGAUAUACAGAAGAUUGACAUCAAAGCGAACGAAAAGUCCAAUUUGGUGGAUGAGUUAAGAAUGCAGUUGCCUCGUUGGAUUGGACAUCCUAUUCUCUUCAACAGGUUCCCCCAAAAGGAACACCCUAAGAUAGCUUUCCAGCUAUUUGAAGUGGACUACACCAGUCUACCAGCAAAUAAGAAGAUAGGGGGCAAGGCACAGAAAAAGAUCAAGAAAUUGCCUGUCCUCGAGAGUCUGAUCAAGUUGACGUCGCAUAACAUGCUCAGAGUGAGUAAAGUUUUGUCUUUCUUGACCGAAAAAUUUGAUUCCAAGACGUCAGAAAUGAAAGACAAGAAGAGCUUGCCUACAGACUGGUUAGCUCUUGAGUGUAGAGGUGAGGAGUUGCCUUCAGAUAUGACAUUACAGACGAUUAAAACGACGAUCUGGAAGAGUAGUUCCGAUAUUGAGUUGAGGUUUAGAAGGAAGUUUGAUGUUGAAAAGUAG